UAUAUCCUGAGCGAGUCGUUCUAUUCCAGCUGUGAAAUUAUAUAAAAAGUUGAUAUAGGAAGUGAAAAAUGUUUGGAAAAUAUUUUGGAAAUGUAAAAGAUGAUUGUGCUUUGGGAAUAAAAUAUCAAGGCUUACUUUAUCCAAGAGAAAGUGAAUAUCGCGAGGUUAAAUCACUUGAUGGUUUAUGGGACUUUGUUGUACCACCGUUAGAAGAUGUUCAGAAAGGUCAUAGAGAACAAUGGUACACCGACAGUUUAUCAAAGCACAAAAAUGUUUUGCAAAUGCCAGUACCUUCAUCGUAUAAUGAUAUUACAACAUCAAAUGAUCUUCGAGAUCACGUAGGCCCAGUUUGGUACGAGAAAACAUUCUUUGCACCUACAUCUUGGCGAAAUGAAAGAAUUUUUUUAAGAUUUGGAUCUGUCAAUUAUCUAGCAGAAGUAUGGUUAAAUAGUGAUUUGGUCAUAAAUCAUGAAAUAGGACAUCUACCCUUUGAGGCAGAAGUUACAUCGUAUCUUAUAUUAGGUGGAAAAAAUCGUCUUACGGUAUCUGUAGACAAUACCCUCUUUAAUACUUCUAUACCUCAGGGUAAAAUCGUUGAUUUAGGUUCCAAUAAUAGAAUGGCUAAAUUACAAACGUAUAACUUUGACUUUUUUAAUUAUGCUGGAAUCCAUAGGCCUGUUUUAUUACAUACUAAACCCCAAAUAUUUAUCGAAGAUAUAAGUGUUACUACAGAACUUGUUGAUGAUAUUGGCAUCGUUCAUUAUAAUAUUGAAAUAGUAGGUUUAGAAGAAACAGAUACUUCAGUGUGUGCGGUAAAUCUUCUUGAUGGUGACAAUGAAUACUCUUUUAAAGAUUCACAUUUGGGCGUUCAAGGCACUUUACAAGUUAAAUCUCCAAAGCUAUGGUGGCCUCGGUAUAUGAGUGAAAAUCCUGGGUAUCUUUAUACAUUAGAAGUCACACUAUCAGUACCAAAUAAUUCUAAAACAGAUAUUUAUAGACUUCCUAUAGGCAUUCGCAGCAUAAAGUGGACCAGUACAUCAUUUUUAAUUAAUAAUAAACCAAUUUACUUUCGUGGCUUUGGUAGACAUGAAGAUUCAAUAAUUAGAGGGCGAGGUUUAGAUUUAGUAACCGUAGCUCGAGAUUACGAGUUAUUAAAGUGGAUCGGAGCAAACGCCUAUCGAACCAGUCAUUAUCCUUAUAGCGAUGAAGUUUUAGAUCUGGCUGAUAAACUUGGAUUUCUCGUCAUUGGUGAAUGUCCUUCCGUAGACACUGAACAUUAUUCUUCAAGUUUGCUCAAAAAACACAAAAGAUCAAUAUUAGAAUUAAUUAGACGAGAUAAAAAUCGACCAUCUGUUGUUAUGUGGUCUGUUGCUAACGAGCCAAGAGUCCAAUAUCGUGAUACUACAUCAUAUUUUAAGGAAAUAGUUUAUUAUACAAGGAUACUCGAUUCUACUCGACCAAUAACCGUUGCCAUUGCUCAGUCUCCUCAAGAGGAUAAAAUAGGGCAAUACCUUGAUGUGAUAAGCUUCAAUAGAUACAAUGCUUGGUAUUUAAAUCCAGGCCGAUUGGAUACGAUAACGAAACAUAUUGUAUCAGAAGCCCAAGCAUGGUAUCAGAAGUAUAAAAAACCAGUAUUAUUAUCAGAGUACGGUGCAGACACUCUGCCAGGAUUACAUGAAUUACCGGCAUUCAUUUGGUCCGAAGAGUAUCAAGCCGAACUGAUUUCAAAUCACUUCAAGGCUUUUGAUCAGUUAAAAGCUCAAGGUUUCUUCAUUGGAGAAUUUAUAUGGAAUUUUGCAGAUUUUAGAACUGCUCAAUCUUAUACAAGAGUUGGAGGUAAUAAAAAAGGUGUCUUCACAAGAGAUAGACAACCAAAAUUAAUAGCUCAUUACAUUCGAAAGAGAUAUUGCGCUUUGGGUGCAGAACACGAUAAAAUUGAACUUCCAAAUGAUCUUGAAUAUUACAUAUCUUCGCAUUACGCUUUAUAAAAUUUACACGAUACAAGAAGUCAUAUUUUUAUAAAAAAUAUGUCAAAUUGAUA